AUGUAUAAAAAAUCAAUAACUCGUAUUGAAAAAGAUAAUGAAACUAAUCAAGCUGAACUAAGCAAUCCAGCUCUACAUGAUAUUAUAGCAACAAAUCAUGUAGUAUUAGCAAAGAAACCACGCGAAGAACGAUUAUCACGAGCAUGUAAAGCUGUUAUUAUUAUGAUCAUUCUUGGAUUGAUUGCUAUUGGUAUUAUUAUAUUAACAGUUGCUCUUGCACAUUCUCGCAAUUCUUUAAUGGCGAUUGUAACACGAUCAGCUGAAACAAAUAUGUUCGAAACAUUAAACAAUACUCCAUCUCUUUUUAUAAAUCAUGAGAAUCUAACUACAAUAGCCAAUGAACAAGUAGAAAAUGAAAAUUGGCAAAAGACAACUGUCAAUUUGACAAGUAAUAAUUUACACACGUUAACAACUCAAAAUAUUCAUAUAUCAUCAUCAAUAAUGAGAACAAAACAACGAACUGAACAUAUUCCUCUCACUACACAAUCGAUGAAAUCUUAUCCAUCAUUGAGUACAAUAGCUAAUGAACAAUCUACAAUUUUCACUACUAUUCAAACAACAGUAUCUAAUGAAGAAAUAAUAUAUGUACCUAGUAGUCAUCAUUCUACAGCUACAAUGACAUCAGAUGCAGAUGGAAUAAUAACGACAAUGAAAAGUCAGGAAUAUACUUUGACGUCAUCCAAUAAUCCACAGACGAGUAUUUUUGACAGUACUUCGCCAUUAAUUCAAGAUAUUACGACGACAAUGCCUGAAGAAACAUCAUUUACUAUUUUUAUAACUCGCUAUUUUAAUAUUCAAUCAUCAACAAAAACUCCUACGGACAAUACAACGCAAAAAAGCAAAUUGGCUGAGAAACUUAAAGCUGAUAUAGAAGAAGACGCUAUGGACGAUCUUUUAUUUUCAUAA